AUGAGUGACUCACAACAGCAGCAACAGCAACAACCGAAGCAAGAGCACCAGAAGAAGAAGUUCGAAGGACCAAAACGUGAGUCUAUUAUAAACCUAUCUCAAUACAAAGAUACGAUUGUUCGUGUCAAGUUUGCUGGCGGAAGACUUGUGACAGGUAUUCUAAAGGGCUACGAUGAGUUAAUGAACUUGGUGCUUGACGAGACUGUAGAGUAUGCCAGAGAUCCAGAGGAUGAAACCGUCAUUUUAAAGGACCAAAAAAAGGAUAUUGGUUUGGUCGUCAUUAGAGGCACUGCACUUCUUUCGUUGUGUUCUUUGGAAGGUGCAGAGAUCAUCAGCACAUAA